AUGUGUGCCCUUGUUGGAGGCUACCAGGCUGAAAAUGACUCGAGACAGGAGUUUGAGUUCAUUAAAAGUUUUGUAGCAGGCGAGGGCUAUCAUUUUACGACCGUCAUGCCUGGAGGCACGGAUGUAGGGCAUGAAGGCAGAUGGGUCAAUAGGUACAGUGGGACCCCAGUGGUUCCCCCGUGGCACCGCAUAGAACCUGAUAAUCACAUGGGACAUCAAAACUGCCAAUGUCUGCUCGAGCCUCGUUCCUGGGAAGUCUCCGAUAUCGAAUGCGUUUUUAACAACAGACAAGAUGUUGGCUUCCUGUGUGAAGUUAAUGACUAA